AUGAUCGAAGACAACAAAUUAGGAGGUAACGGCACCGAGUCGACGGAGACUCUACGGGAGACUAAGCCCUCCUCCACCGCCGCCGCCUCGGUCGGCUUUUGGGACCCAGCGUUAGAAGAGACCCGGAGACGAAUCAUUUCCCUCUGGGGUCGGACGGUAUUUGUGUUGUGUGUUUUUAUUCUCGGUAUUCUUUCGCUUUACUGGGCCGUCCAAUUCCGGUCGGAAGACAGACUUCACACUUUGACUGUCUGGGUGGUCGAUUUCGAUAACCAGGUGGAACCAUACAGGAAUGAGAGCAUCACGCCCAUCGUUGGACCAGCCGUGACAGAUGUCGCGAAUCGGCUUAUCAAGUCGGAUACGGAACACGUGGGAUAUGAAAUCAGAUCGCCGGCAGACUUCAACUAUGAUCCUUGGGCGGUCCGGCAAGGGGUCUAUGAUGAACAUGCAUAUGCCGCAAUCAUUGUCAACCCUAAUGCUACCACUCUCCUAUACGAUGCCGUGAUGAAUGGUGACUCGUCGUACGAUCCCAGUGGCGCUGCUCAAUUUAUAAUCGUCAGCGCGCGUGACCAGGCCACAUAUUCCAACUACAUCGAACCGGCCUUGUCUUGGUUCCAGCUGGAAGUUUUUGCCGAGUUUAGCCCCAGAUGGAUUCAGACUCUCACGAAACAGUCUAUGGACAUCUCUCGGGUGCCGCAAGCUGUCAAUCCGGCGAUUGGUUUCUACAAAGUUGACCUGCGACCGUUUGGCCCGGCUGCUGCGACGCCGUCCGUGACCAUCGGUUUGAUUUACCUGAUCAUUAUCGCCUUUUUCAACACUCCGUUCCUCAUGCCCGUUCAUAUGCAGUUCAUCAAGGGGGACCACCCGCCUCUGAAAAACGCGCAGUGGCUCAUCUGGCGUCUGUGUUCGAGCAUUGUGGCCUACUUUUUCCUGUCGCUGUUUUAUUCCUUUGUGUCGCUGGCCUUCCAGAUCCCGUUCACCAAUAGUCCAGCGCCGGAUACGUUGCCUGCCGACAAUGCCAACGCCUAUGGACAUGGAUCGUUCAUGAUAUUCUGGAUGCUGAAUUGGGUUGGCAUGACUGCGCUCGGGCUGCCCUGCGAGAACAUGGGGAUGAUCCUCGGGUUUCCCUACAGUGCACUCUUUCUGAUUUUCUGGGUCAUUACCAACGUCGCCACUGGCUUUUAUGCGUUGGAUCUGGCGCCUGGUUUCUUCGCUUGGGGUUAUGUCUGGCCUUUGCAUCGCAUUGUCGAGGCGCUCCGGACUAUUCUCUUCGGCACGCAUUCCCGGAUUGGACUCGACUUUGGCAUUCUGUUUGCGUGGAUCGGACUGUCCAUCCUACUAUACCCAUUUGCCGCAUUCAUCAUGCGCUGGAAGAUGAAGCGAGGAUUGUAA